GGAGGAGGAUGGCAGAGCGACGCAGACGCAGGAAAUCCUGGUGGUGGCCAUUCAUUGAGUCUGAACCUGAACCUGAACCUACGCCUUCUCCCACUUUUAAGGAACCCUGGAGGAAAAUAUCUUGGGGAGAGAAACAGAGGGAUCUUCAGUAUGUGCAGGAGUACAGGCCUGAAAACGGAGACAUUAAACAUCUGCGAAUUCUUCUGUACGGGCCUGUCGGAGGCGGAAAGUCCAGCUUCAUCAACUCUGUCAGCACCGUCAUGCGAGGCAGGACAACUAUUCCUGCUGCAGCCAGUGCAACCACCUCUGACACAAGCUUCACCAGACAAAGAGAGACCCAACAGAUCCACCAUGAGCAGCACUAAGCAGCUGUGGCAAGGAAACACUUCUCCGCAGAACCGGACUCAGGGUGGGCGAGAGGGGGG